AGGGACUGAGGAAGAGCCGCCGCUGCUUCAUCAACUGUCCGACAAAACGCUGCCGCGCAGAAUAACGUGACCACUUCACUGAGAGACAGCAGAGACAGAGACACACGGGAGAGGACACUAUGUCAAAAGAGACGAGAGGAAAAGGUUCGUCAAGAAAGCACAGCGCCUCUCACUGGUGUCUGCAGAAUAUCGCACAAGAAUCAGUUGAUAGCUCCGAUGAGGAGUUCUUUGACGCCAGAGAUGUUAUGGAGGGGAAGAGCGCCAUUCUGCUGGGCAUGAGUCAGUGGAACUCAAAUGACCUGGUGGAGCAGAUCGAAACUCUGGGACACAUGGAGGCCCAGUCACAUGAGGGUCUCUACCAGCUGGGUGGUCCUCGCUGUGCCCCUCAGAGCAGCAUUGAAGGACUGGAGGACAUAGAGAGGAAAUGUAAGACCCACGUGCUGCUGCUCGUGGUGCACGGGGGGAACAUCUUGGACACAGCAGGCGGAGACCCAAGCACAAAGGCUGGUGAUGUGGCCACCCUGGCGUCAGUGCUGGAGAAAGUGACGCGGGCGCAUUUCCAGGCUGCUGCAGAACACGUGAUGAUCAAGCUGGUGCCAUGUCCGGCUGUGUGCGCUGAAGCUUUCUCCCUGGUGUCAAAUCUGAACCCAUACAGCUAUGACGAGAGCUGCGUGUCCAGCAGCGUGGACCACCUACCGCUGGCUGCCCUCCCCCUCCUCGCUAUCGUCUCACCGCGCUACCAGGAUGCCGUAGCAACCGUCAUCGCCCGAGCCAACCAGGUCUACCGCAGCUUCCUGCAGUCAGAGGACGGCCAGGGAUUCACGGGUCAGGUAUGCCUGAUGGGCGACUGUGUGGGAGGUGUGCUGUGCUUUGACGCUUUGUGCUUCAGCAACCACCAGAGGCCCGGCAGCCCCAACAACAGCAGCAGGAAUAACAGCACUGAGAGCCUGAAGGAUAACUCGGGGUCCGUGCUAGGGGAGUCCAGCCCGGGGCUCAGUUCUAGCAAGAGGCUGAGUAAGAGCAACAUCGACAUCUCUGCCCCCAACGAGGGGCACAGUCAGGGUGGGCCGCAGCUGAGCCGGAAGCAGAGCGACUCGUAUGACGGAGAUACCUCGUCCACCGGCCAGCACAGCUUUUUUCCCAGUUUGAUGAAAGAAAGUGUAGAGCGUGGCGGCAGUAACACCAGCCUGGUGUUGAACCCUGGCCGGUUCGACUUUGAGGUGUCAGACUGCUUCCUGCUGGGCUGUCCAUUGGGCCUUGUGCUGGCCAUGAGACGCACCGUGCUGCCUGCCGUCCACGUGAGUCAGCUCCAUCCAGCCUGCUCUCAGAUUUUCAACCUGUUCUACCCCUCGGACCCUUCAGCCUCCCGACUGGAGCCACUGCUACAGCCUCUCUUCCACAAGUUGCCACCGUUCGCUGUGCCGCGCUACCAGCGCUACCCUCUAGGAGACGGACGCUCAAUGCUCAUAGAGGAAAGUAUCCAAGGCCAUCCAAAUGUAUUUUUGGAAGGUGAGCAAACCCCUGGAAGUCCAGCUUCACAGGAGUCCUCUGAGACAAAGACUGAAGGAGGAGGAGGAGGAGGAGAAGAGGGAGGUCGCAGAGCCAGCAUGACCAGUGUGGAAAGUGAAACGUCAAUGUGCUCCAUGGGCCAGCUGGGAAACACCAUCACUAACAUUUCCAGUAGCUGGUGGGGCUCCAAAAGACUGGACUUUGCUCUGUAUUGCCCUGAUGUGCUGACCGCCUUCCCAACAGUGGCCCUGCCUCACCUUUUUCACGCCUCCUACUGGGAGUCCACGGACGUAGCAGCUUUUGUUCUCCGACAGCUCAUGCGAUGUGACUGUGUGAAGACCCAGGAAGCGGACCAUUUGGACUCGGCUCCAUUCUCUCCCUCCAGCCCACGCGAAAAAUGGCUCAGAAGAAGGACACAUGUCAAACUAAGGAACGUCACAGCCAACCACAGGGUGAAUGAUAUCAUCGCCACCGAGGACGGACCUCAAACUCUGGUUGGUCGCUUCAUGUACGGCCCCUUGGACAUGGUCACUCUGACUGGAGAAAAGGUGGACAUCCUGCUGAUGACACAACCUCAGUCUGGCCGCUGGGUGCACUUUGACACAGAGGUGACCAACAGCAGCGGCAGAGUCACAUAUACCAUACCCAAGAGCAAGAAGCUCAGCCUGGGAGUCUAUCCGAUUAAAAUGGUGGUCAAGGGAGAUCAAACGAGUGCAGAGGCCUACCUGACUGUGUUGCCACGGGGCAUGGAGUGUGUGGUCUUCAGCAUCGAUGGUUCUUUUGCUGCCAGUGUGUCAAUCAUGGGCAGUGACCCCAAGGUUCGCCCCGGAGCUGUUGACGUCGUCAGGCACUGGCAGGACCUGGGAUAUCUGAUCAUCUACAUCACAGGACGCCCUGAUAUGCAGAAACAGCGUGUGGUGUCCUGGCUCUCACAGCACAAUUUUCCCCAUGGGAUGAUCUUCUUCUCUGAAGGCCUGGUUCAUGAUCCCCUGCGGCAAAAGACCAUCUUCCUCAGGAACCUAAUACAGGAGUGUCACAUUAAGAUCAACUCUGCUUAUGGCUCCAUGAAGGACAUUUCUGUUUACAACAUGCUCGGCCUCAGCCCCUCACAGAUUUAUAUUGUUGGCAGACCUUCGAAGAAAUACCAGAAUCAGUGCCAGUUCCUGAGUGAAGGCUACGCAGCGCACCUCUCCACCCUUCAGUUCGGGCACAGAGCCAGACCCAAGAAAUCCCCUUCGGUUCGUAUGGUCCUAAGGAAAGGCUCAUUUGGUCUCUCAGCGAAGCCUGACUUCCUGUGUAAGCGCACCCACCUGCGUAGGACCAUGUCGGUACAACAGCCCGACCCGCCGUGCACACCCAACCCGAAGCCUGAACGAGCCCAGAGCCAGCCGGAGUCUGAUAAGGACCACGGGGGAGGAGGAGGAGGAGCAGGAGGAGGAGGUGGUGGCGGCGGAGGAGGACAAGGUGCAUGGGGACGGGCCUCCAUACAUCGUGGAGACACGACUCCCUGA